CCAGACACUUCACGGCAUUUUCGUUUAUCGGGCUUCAGCAAUUUUGGUCGUCACUCUUGCAGCGCCGGCGCUUCCCAAUUACUGCAUACAGCAUCAUGUAUUCCAAAAACGUCAUUGCAGUUACCGCUGCUCUCAUGCUCGGUCAAGCAGCAGCAUAUCCAGCUCAACUCAUAGAUCGGGACAAUCAAGAGAAGAACGGCGGGCCGUGGGACAUAACGGACAACUCACCCAGUUGUAAAUAUGAUCCUCGUUUGGGUUUGGUCGGAGAGUAUUGCACGGGCGGCAAGCAGAAUGGUGUCUACGGCAACGGAGUCCGCCUCGAGGACAACCCAGCCUAUUACACCUACAAUUAUGGGAGCACGCAACUGGGCCACAGCGACAAAGGAUUUUUCUCGAAGACUGCUGAUGGCAAGUAUACUAUCGACUGGAGCAGAAACCAGAUCGCCGAAACUGGUGAGAAACUGGACCCUGCGAUUUACGGCUAUAACCCGUAUAACGGCAUCUACAAGCGUCAUGUUGCCGUUUCUGUCGAGCGUCAAUCGAGAACUCGGCAUGUCGAGCGAAACGAAGUGGCAGCCCGAGCCGCAGAAUUGAACUCCGACAAUAACCUCGCCGCCCGUGACGACCAAGUGGGAUGGUGA